AUGAAUGCAAGCAGUGAACGUGUUUCAAUUGUCACUGAUAAACUUUUGGAAGAUCUUCAUGAUUAUGUCUCUAUCCACAGAAUGAAUGUAUUUUUUGGAGCCAUCUGCUUUUCGCUGAAUAUCGUUUUGUUUUCUGUAUUUCUGUCCUCACCAACGUUACGGAAGAAACACAGAAACAGAAUUUUAAUGAUUCUCGGUCUGGCUGACACUUUCAACACUUUGGCGAUCCUUUUCAUGGGAAAGAAUCGAGUUGAAUUGUAUACAGAAGUCAUUCAAACUCAUCAUUUUCCCACCCGAACCGCAUGGCAAUGUGCUAUUGAGCCUUGGCUCAUUUUGAGAGGAAUCGGAGACAUCUGGCCACCUGUGGUACAAAUGGUUAUUGGAAUUCAACGAGCUCUCGCGGUUUUUACUCCCAUUUGGUUCCAUAAAACUGGCAGGAAUCGAUCGAGUUUCCUGUUUGGAUCAACACUUUUUAUUCUGCUACCAACCUUAUUGAUUGGAUUUGUGAUAGCAUAUAUCAAUAGGGAUGUGAAGGUCAUCUAUUGGUGUGGUCGAAAAGCAGCAUUUGGAACUGACUAUGCUACGUUCAUUUAUAUUAUCAAUAUAUUCGGAUAUUUCUUCAGUUUUCUCAUAAACUGUAUAACAAUGAUAAAGGCGUCUUCGACAAUCAACAGAUUGGUCCGUCGCCAAAUCAUAAACGUCCGAUACAGUCUUGUCAUUUCCUUCAUUUCAUUCGUUCUUGUUUCGAUCCCUAACUCAAUUUCUAUUCUGCAAGUUCAUUUUGAAGAGGUUGUCAAAUUCGUUUCAAAGCCAUCAACUUAUUUCACAUGCAUCAAUUCAGGCAUCAACAUCUUUGUCUAUUUGUUGUUGAACGCCGAGUUCCGGCAUCAAUUCAAGUAUCUGUUCUGUAACAGAAAACGGGUUGUCACUUAUGGAGAAGUUGAGAAGGCUUCAAAAGGGUCAAAACAACGACAUCAUGUUGAUUUAAUUGUUCAUUCGGUUCAUUCUUGUGCUUGA